CUAGCCGAAGACUUUUCCUAACACGGAGUUUUGCUAACGCGUGUUCUUCUCACAGCUGCAAACGGUAUUCCUAACAUUUCCCCACUCCCUGCCAUGACGGUCCCGGUCCCUCGUGUCCAGUCUCCGUCGUCUGGAUUGGAUGUUUCUCAGCGAACUCCAUCUGACUCUAUGGCGGCAGCUCCUCCAGCCACGAGUGACAACACGCACAUUGUCCGCAGGAAGUUGACUGGAUAUGUUGGUUUCGCCAACCUGCCCAACCAAUGGCACCGCAAGAGCGUUCGGAAGGGCUUCAACUUCAACGUCAUGGUCGUCGGUGAAUCUGGUCUCGGAAAGUCGACUCUCGUCAACACCCUCUUCAAUACUUCCCUGUACCCGCCGAAGGAGCGCAAGGGCCCCAGCCUUGACAUCAUCCCCAAGACGGUUACAAUCCAGUCUAUCAGCGCAGAUAUCGAGGAAGCGGGCGUACGUCUUCGUCUGACGGUAGUGGACACUCCAGGCUUCGGCGACUUCGUCAACAACGAUGAGUCUUGGCGGCCGAUUGUCGACAACAUUGAGCAGCGGUUUGACGCUUAUCUCGAUGCCGAGAACAAGGUCAACCGCAUGAACAUCGUUGACAACCGCAUUCACGCCUGUGUGUUCUUCAUCCAGCCGACCGGCCACUCUCUGAAGCCGCUGGACAUCGAGGUUAUGAAGCGCCUCCAUACUAAGGUCAACUUGAUUCCGGUCAUUGCCAAGGCUGACACCCUCACCGAUGAGGAGGUUGCUGCCUUCAAAGCAAGAAUCCUCGCCGAUAUCAAGUACCAUAAGGUCCAGAUCUUUGAGGGCCCUCGUUACGAGCUUGAUGACGAGGAGACAAUCGCGGAGAACAACGAGAUUAUGUCCAAGGUGCCCUUCGCCGUUGUUGGUUCCAACGACGAAGUCACCAACGCCGACGGGCGCAAGGUUCGCGGCCGUAGCUAUCCGUGGGGCGUCAUCGAGGUAGACAACGAAGAGCACUGCGACUUUGUCAAGCUGCGCCAGAUGCUCAUUCGCACCCACAUGGAGGAGCUCAAGGAGCAUACCAACAACGUCCUCUACGAGAACUACCGGACCGACAAGCUGAUCGCUAUGGGCGUGUCGCAAGACCCCAGCGUCUUCAAGGAGGUCAACCCUGCCGUGAAGCAGGAGGAAGAGCGUGCUCUCCACGAACAGAAGCUCGCCAAGAUGGAGGCCGAGAUGAAGAUGGUCUUCCAACAGAAGGUGGCCGAGAAGGAAUCCAAGCUGAAGCAGAGUGAAGAGGAGCUCUAUGCCCGCCACCGCGAGAUGAAGGAGCAGCUGGAGCGGCAACGACUCGAGCUCGAGGAGAAGAAGUCCAGAAUCGAGAGCGGACGACCUCUCGAGAAGGAACCCAAGAGGAAGGGGUUCUCUCUCCGAUAAUUUUUCCGCGGCUCUGUCUUCUCUCUUGUUUCUACGACUUGUCUCAGUAUCAUGAUGCCCAACAAUACCAGCUCGUCGCGCCUUUUCUUUUGCCUGUUUGUUUUACGUCGUUACACUCUCUUCUAUAAUCGCAAACCCUAAUAUCGUGGGAACGGUCAUCCCGAAGGCGGCCGUACCCUCUGAGGUGCCGUUCUCCGGA